AUGCCAAUUGGCCUGAGCCCCUUUCGGUUGGUCUAUGGAAAAGCUUGUCAUCUAUCGGUGGAGAUAGAGCAUAAGGCAUAUUGGGUCGUCAAAGAGUGCAAUUCAAGUUUGGGGGGAAGAAUUGAAAGAAAGCUACAGUUAGUGGAAUUGGAGUGUUUGAGAUUGGAAGCCUAUGAGAAUUCUAGACUCUACAAGGAAAGGAUCAAACCCGUGCAUGAUAAGAAUAUAAGAAGAAGAGAAUUUAGAGCCGGUGAACUCGUCCUUCUCUACAAUUCAAGAUUGAGGUUGAUACCUGAGAAAUUGAGAUUAAGAUGGGAAGGACCCUAUAGAAUGGAGAAAGCGGAGCCAUAUGGGGUCUAUCACUUGCGUCAUCCAUCAAGCCCCGACAUCUUCAAGGUUAAUGGGCAUUGUCUGAAGCUAUACCAUAGAGAAAAGAUGAAAAGAAACAAGGAGGUUGAGGUGUUCCUUUUGGAGGAUGCACCUAAUGGCAAAAAAAAUUGA